AUUAAAUUUUAGGUUAGAUUCCUUCCGUUUGGUUGGAAUUUUGGGAUUGUGUUAUUUUAUUAAAACUGUGAAUGAAUUAGAUUCAUAAAUAUGUUCACUCUGGAUCACGAGUUUAAACUUUGAAGAUGUUUUCUAAAUAUCACUUGUUGUUUUACAUAUUGCCAGUUAAUAAAAGAAUAAUAAUUUAGAUAUCUGGUGCAAUGUCAAUGUGUUAACUCAGAAUAUGGAUAUAAAUUAGCAAUCUUAAUCCUUAUCCUUAUCGAAGAUGAUUUCUGUAAAGCGCUGACACGGAUUAUUAUUAUGUAAAAGGUCAAAAAGGUAACAUGUAACAUGUUAUAUUAUGCAAAUACAUUUCAAAGAGUAAUAAUUUUCUGAUCUCUACUGCUUCCAAAGUAAACAAUUAAAUCUAGGAUAAUUUAUCACUGAGUGAAAAUGUCAUCUGGACGAAAAUGUAAAAAUUGUGGAGGCUCUGAUAUAGAAGUAGACCCAGCCAGAGGGGAUGCUGUGUGUACAACAUGUGGAUCAGUCCUCGAAGACAGUAUUAUAGUUGCAGAAAUUCAAUUUGAAGAAGGUGCACAUGGUUCUACAAGUGCUAUUGGACAGUUUGUUGCUGCUGAUUCUAAGGGAGGUGCUACAAAAUUUGGAGCCUCUUUUCAUGUUGGAGACAGUGUUGAAUCUAGGGAAAUUACCCUAAAGAAAGCGAGAAAUGGCAUCACACAUUUAUGUAACCAAUUAAGACUGAAUCAACAUUGUAUAGAUACUGCUUGCAGUUUUUUUAAAAUGGCCCUAUCUAGAAAUUUAACAAGAGGUAGAAGAAAUACACAUGUACAUGCUGCUUGUGUUUACUUGACUUGCAGAACUGAAGGAACAGCACAUUUACUCAUAGAUAUUAGUGAUGUUCUACAAAUUUGUUGUUAUGAGCUAGGAAGAACAUACCUCAGACUCUCUCAAGCAUUGUGUAUUAAUAUACCAUCUGUAGACCCUUGCCUGUAUAUUUUAAGAUUUGCAUCAAAGAUGCAAUUUGGAACAAAAACCCAACAAGUAGCCAAUACAGCCCUAAGGUUAGUCCAAAGAAUGAAAAGAGAUUCAAUCCAUUCCGGUAGGCGACCUUCAGGUUUGUGUGGAGCAGCCUUGUUAAUGGCAAGUAGACUUCACGAAUUUAACAGAUCUCCUGGUGAUAUAGUUAAAAUAGUAAAGGUACAUGAAUCUACACUUAGAAAAAGAUUGAUGGAGUUUCGAGAAACACCAAGUAGUGCAUUAACGUUGGAAGAAUUUAUGACCGUUGAUCUAGAAGAAGAACAAGAUCCACCUUCGUUUAAAACAGCUAGAAGAAAAGAUAAAGAGCGCCUAUUGAAGUUAUCAGAGGAGGACGUAGAACACUUUACUGAUCUGCAAAAGGAAAUAGAGUUACAGUUGGAAAAUAAACGGAAAAGUUUGUUGCUCCCAAAAAAGUCCAGGCCCAAAGUAGAUGAAGAACUAGAAACAGAUAAGUUUAUUAACGAGUCAACAUUGGGUACUAUAAAGAACAUAAUACAUCAUGUUACAGAUACACCUGAACCAGAGAAGGGAUUAGGUCCAGAUAUCUCUAGUAUAGGGUUACCAAAUUCUUUAGAGGAUACAUCAAAUGCUUACCAACCUCCAGAACAAUUACAAUUAGAUAUGAAUUUUGACGAUUUAGAUGACGACGAACUAGACACGUAUAUAAUGACUGACAAUGAAGUACAUAAUAAGAAAACAAUGUGGUAUAGACGGAAUGCUACUUACUUAGAAGAACAAAAAAUAAAAGCAGAAAAAAUGCAAAAGGAACGGGAAGAGGGAAAGCCCGAAAAAAAGAGAAAACGAACUACCAGAAAAAAGACUGUAGGGCCAGCAAAUUCAGCGGGGGAAGCCAUAGAAAAGAUUCUACAAGAAAAAAAAGUAUCCACAAAAAUCAAUUAUGAUGUUCUUAAAAGUCUAAAUGUUGCCACUAUUCAGAAUGAUGCUGUUAUUGUAGAUGAAGAAGAUUCGGCUACUACGUCAGAGUCUAUAAAACGUAGAAGAUUAUCUUCAGUUUCUAAUUAUAUUGAGCAAGCUCCGGAAAAGACAUCUAAGCGGAAGAUAGGUACUACUGUUGGCCUUCCAGUAUUUGAAGAGAUUAAGACAAAAACAGAAAACUCUGCUAAAAAUGUAGUUCCGACGGAAUCGGCCAAAAAGGAAGACAUAUCUGAAGAAGAGGAAGAAUAUUACGAUGAAGAGCAAGUCGAAGGAGGUGAAGAACCUAACAAUGAAAUGGGAGUUCUUCAAAUGCUUCGGCAACAUAGAGAAGAUGAAGACGAAGCCGAUUAUGGUUAUAAUUAUUUUGAAGAAGCUGACUAUUAGUAUUAUUCCAGACAAUAUGCAGUGCAUUUAGAAUUAUACUCAAAGCUUAAGUAUGGUGUAACUAAUAAAAAAUAUGUACAUUUGAAUUUGUACAUAUAUGUAUGUACAAAUAUUUUGGAAUUUGUAAGUAAAGUAGUAAAGUAAAAAAAAUGAAACAUGGCAUUAAUCUUCCUGAAAUUUAAAACUUUAAGAUAUUAGUAACGUGGUCAAUCCUGUAAAAAUCGAUAUAUCGAGUCAAUAUAUUUUGGUUAUUUAAUAUUUGUAAAAAGGAUUUAACAAAUUUAAUUCAUCUUUUUCGAAACAUGUUCAUUUUAUGGAGCAUUAGUUAAUCAUGAGAUUUAAAUAAAAAUGCAAUUUGUUUUGAUUUUUGAUAAUUUACAGUCUAUUUCGUAAACACUGAUUUCUGAUUAAUUCAUGUUCAUUUUUCCAGCUUUGUUUUCAUUUAUUUAUGGAUCUUAAAAUUUUCAUUUGAUAAAAAUAGAUAUGGCUUGUCAUAAGAAUCUAAGCGCUCUUCCCAACCAUUUUCAAUGAUUUCCCAUAUUUCAUUGAGUUUUACCCACCUAAAGUAUUUGAUUGUAAAAGUGAAGAUAUCUGUAGUGGAAAGGUCCACCAAUUUUUAAUGGAGUUAAGUCAGGACUGUAAUAAUCAAUUACGAGAUUCGUUCACUUGACACCCAUCUUUGGUCCAGAAACAAAUUAUUGGCACAUGAAUCUAUAAAUAAUUACCACUAGAAUUAAGGCACGCAUCCCAUUGUUUCACCAAUCGUUUUAUACCCUGCUUAAAUAAUUCUCUUGACUAUUGCUCGCAGAAUAGGGAACUUGCAUAAAAUGUUAAAUUCGAAAAAAAUGUUAUAAAUCACAACAGAACAUAAUUUAAAACGUGUAUAAAAGAUAAAAAACUUUUGUUUGUCUUUCGUUUGGCCCCUAAAGACGAUUAAAAAUUCAAAUUAUACCAGUCAAUCCAAAACGCGUCGUGACGUCAUCGGGUUAUAUGUUUACAUUCUCCGCCAACAAAGUAAACAAAAUUGUAUAUAAUUUUAAAUUAGACAUUAUAAACGUCAGUAGAAAAUACAGUUAUGUGACGUUACAAGUGUUUUUGAUCGUUUGAACUAUUCAUAGAAAAUUUGUACUUUUACAAAAUGGUUUUAUUUUCCAUAGUAAACCUUCUUUCCUUUCCUUCAAUAACUCUAUCAAACUCCAAUCUCAACAAACUGGUAUAUAUUAUAUUACAAUGACCUACGAUAAAUGUCAUUAGAAUAUAAAUAUUUUUCCUUUAUUCCGCGAAGACGAGCUGGCCAAAUACCCAAGUAGGUGGAGGCCAAUAAACUAAAGAAGAAGAAUAUACCUAAAUAUAACCAUAAACGGAACCAUAUACGCUCUGAGCUUCGCUGGUGGCGCUCCUAGCGGAUUACUAAUUCAACUUUCACCGGUAAUUUUUAAAUUUAUUAUUUAAUUGUUAUCGCUUAACAUUUACAACGCAAAAAAGUAAUUAAAUUGUAAUCGAUUUUUUUAAGAUUUUGCUAAUCAUUUUGAUGUUCUAUUGGUAAAAUAUGAAUUUCUUACUUCGGAUACUUUCACAGUUAUCGUGUAGAUGGCGCUAAGAUUUUUAGAUUAAAUUAUAAUUACAUAUUACGGAACAUUAAAAAACUUAAAUUCAGUAUUUAAAACGUAAGAAUAUUUAAGGAAAAAUAUAUACCACAGCUUUGACCAACUAAUAUUUUUUAUAAUUAAUGUUUUUAAUUUUAAUUUUAAAUUAAUCACUUUGACAUUUAUGUCAAAUUUCCGGUAAACGUUUACAGACUUGCCACUACUAGCGCUCGCGAAUUUGUAAAUAUCCCCUCUACGUACGAGCUCACAGCGUAUAGUUAAACCGUUGUUAAACUAUGUGACGUCACGGGUCGUUUGAACUAUUUUAAAAUACAGAAGACUUUAAAUUUGUAGUUCUAAGUUAUUAUGAGUUUUUGAAGCGUGAAAUUUUGGAAAUCUCAUUUUUAUACAAAACUGAACAUUAUUAUGUAAUAAAAAAAUGUGCAAGUUCCCUAUUCUUUUACAAUAAUUUUAUACUUUUCGUCCGACUGAAAACGAUUAACUUUUAACGUUUAUUUGAGUGGUCCAAAGAUGAGAAAAUCGCGUUAAAUCGGAACUAUAGGAUGGAUGCUCUAAUAUCUUAAAUUUUUGUGUUGUAGAUUUUCUUUCACUAAUUUGGAAAUAUAAAACCGAGCAUUGUCGUGCAGAAGAAUUACAUCAUGUAAGAGCUCACCUGGACUUUCUCAUCUUAUUGCUUGAUGGAGCUUAUUCAAAAUUUUAUUGAUAAGCAUUCUAGGUUCCGUAAACUCGUACGAGCAAGGGUCUUUCAUGGUCGAGAAAAAUGUUAGUAUGACCUUUCCUGGAGAAAGUUAAACUUUAAACUUCUUCGGGGACAGAGAAUUUUUCCUUUUUCAUUGCAUUGACGACAGCUCACUGAAUGAUUCAAAAUAAUGACACCAAGAUUCGUCGCCAGCAAUUAUUGGACGAAAGAAAAUUAUGACCAUUUUGCCUGUUACAAAUAUUAGCCCAUUCGCAAAUUUUGUUGGUCCUCUAACAACAACGAUGAACCCAUUGCGCAAAAUCGUUACUGUAACCCUGUUUGCGUAGAUAUUAAGAAUAGAUCCUACACUCAUAUCAACAUUUUCUGAAAUUGCUCUGAUUGAAAUUCUACACAUCCAGUACAUAAUGCAGCUGGUCGUGACCUUUCAUUCGUCUCCUCUCUUUCACUCUUAAAUUUUCGACACUAUUCCUUGAUAGUUGGAUACGCAAAACAUGCGUUUCCAUACACUGUUCGCAUUCGUAUAUGAAUUUUCAAUGGUUGCAAACAACAUUUAAUCACUGCAUGCUGAUUAUAUUUGGACGUAUUAUUAACAACAAACGCCAUUUUUAAGUCACAAUACUUAAAAUCUCAGUGAAAAACAAAUUACUUUUUAGUCUAAAAAUGGCGUUAAAAUAUAUAAGUGAUUAACAGUAGAACUUUUUUGGUAGCUCGUUUAUCAUCUUGAGGAUUAUCUUGUAGAUACCUAUUGCCCUUCGGCUAUUGAGCUUGCUUAUUUCAAUCUGUAUUGGAAACGUGGUCUCCGACUUUAUUUGGCCCGUUUUUUGUUGUUAUGAAAGCUUUAGCAACGUAUUAAGCAAAUACCUGAGCUUUCUGUUCUCUCUUCUGAUCCACCGAGUAUUGCAUGAUCUAACAUCCUGAACCAGAGUUUAAAUUAUGUGAUCUGGGGUUUUAGAUUGUUUCAUAGGCUUCCAAAUAGAGUUUAGAGACACAAUACGGUCGUUAGAGAAUCUAUCGUUUAUUUCUUUGAUUUUCGCAAGUUGGAGACCCUAUUUACUCUUGUUAUGUUUUAUGGGAAAUGAGUUAGAUGCCAUAUUGUCCUUGCAUUUCUUUUAUUUGCUUGUCUUUAAGUGGGAUGCUUUCGUAAGAAUUUUGCUGAAUGUCCUUAGUGUUUCUUCAAAAUCGCUUGUAGUUUGGAGAUUUCUUUGAUUUUGUUUCGAUAUUCAACCCAAUUAUAUCUGAUUUGGAAAUGCCUGAUAGUACCUACAGUUUUUAUGGCAGAAUAUUGCAACGGUAUAAAUAUUGACAUCUUAGCUCAGUACAAAAAUUCUUGAAUAUAAUAUGACCAUCCCGACAAAUUUCGAAUACAAUAUUACAAAACAUGCAAGUGCGCAAGCGUUUAAUCCAGAACUGCACGACUCGGUGACGGAGAAUAUGAGUUUAUUUUACCAUAGAGAAAUAGAAAAAUAGCAAUAAGCACAUGCCUCUAUUACAUUCCUAAAUAAAUAUGUCAUUCGUUUCGGAUUAGAUAGCAUCUUUAUCCACGGACGCCCAUACCCAUGGGCAGGGGGGGGGGCGUGGCCCCCCUAGCUUUUGGGGUGCUUUAAACUAUAUAUGGUUAAUAAAAGUAUAGAAAAUAUAAUAUGCAACAUUUUCACGUCUGGGCCCCCCUGAAAAUUUUUAUAUGGGCGCCGGUGUCUUUAUCUUCACUACAUUCGUCAUUUUCCAAAGAAAUUGCAAUUAUCUCUAUUGAUUCUUCUAUCAUAUCAAGUUUCCAGAAUUUUUCUUCCUCUGCUAUGACAUAUUUUACAACUAUUUGCCAAUUAUCAGAUGAAAUGUUCGCUAUUAAUUCACUUAGUAGUUGACGACUAGCUUCAAGUUUAAAUGUGGUAAUCGCAACACCGUAGCUCCACGUUCAUUUGCUACGUCAUUUACAGCAUACUUCUUAAAUGUUGCUGAAUGUAAUUUAAAGAACUAACGGUAAAAGCUCUUUUGAAUAAUGAUUCUACCUUUAUUUCUUUGCUUGUUAACUAAUCUAAGAACUUUUUCUUUUUCCAGUUCAUGUUACUAAAUAGUUCAUUUAAUUAGCCCGUAAAUGAACGGGAAAUACGGCGAUACCGUGUAAUUUUCAGGGACAACUCCGAAUUGCAUGAAAAUUUGGAUUUAGGUUCUACUUACCCUCCACUUCAAAGUUGAAAUUGUGCCGUUGGUUGCUUUUACUUAAGGAGUGACAGUCACCCCUUCUCGGGGGGAAAACAUACGUUCAAGAUAAGACCGGAAAUGGAUAAAUCGACUGAUUUUAAGCAACUUUUAAUCUAUAGAGUUUUUUAUGUAAGUCAAUACUUUUCGAAUUAUUUGCGAUUGAAAAUGUUUAUUUUUCGACAAAGAACCUACGUUUUCGGAUGGUUUUUCGCAAAUAACUCAAAAAGUAAAUAUUUGAUCGAAUAAAAUAUCCUUAAGAAAAGUGUAGCUUAUAAAAAACCGAACAAAAUGUUGUAUCAGUAAAGUCUAUCAAUCGAGUAAAAACAAAGUUGUAGCUCAUGAAAAAUACGUUCUUAUUCGUCUAAUUCCAAAUCGAAUAUUUCAAGGUGAAAUCACCGAAAAAUUAAGCACUCUUCGGGAAAACCCCAUUCAAACUUUUUAAAGUGUUUAUAAAAAGCUUUAUUUUAGUUAUUUAUAAAAGUUUCUAGCAUUAAAAAUAAGUGAGUUACGCUCGAAAUAAAGUUGGUCCUCUUUUUUUUUGUAAAAAAAUCAUGAAAAUCUCCUCGUGUUUAGCUCCCCAAAUGAAAUUAUUCGCUACCGCUUUACAAACAAUUUACUAACUUAUCUAUUUUUUAUAUGAUCUGUCAGUCUCACCGGUUUAAAGUGCUUAUUUUUGAAAGGGUUGUGGUUGAAAAAGCUUGAACGGGUCACUAAUCACGAGUGUAUGCAAAUUUUGAACAGCCAUAUCUUAACCAAUUUUUGGCUUGCGGAAAAACAAAAUGAAACUAGCAUAUUUAUAAUAGAAAAACCUACAUUUUUUUACUCUUUAAGAUUUUUCUUAUCACUAGUAUUUUUUAAGUUAGGUAUUUUGAAAAAAGGAAAUUCUUCAAAAAUUUUUAGAAGUUUUUUUUUAAUAUAAAACCAAAUUUAUUCAAAAAUAAGCACUUCAAACCAAUAAAACUUAUAGAUCAUAUAAACAAUACACAUGCAGUUAAAAUAAAUGGUAAAUCGGUAACGAUUAAUUUUAUUUAGGGUGCUAAAUAGAGGGAGGAUUUUACAAUUUUUGUUUACCAAAAAAAGGGGCCAACUUUUUUUUUUCAGCGUAACUCGUUUAUUUUUGAUGCUAGAAACUUUUGUAAACAACAAAUUUAAAGCUUUUGUUAGAUACUUUAAAAAUUUUAAUAAGUUUUUCCCGAAAAGUGCUUAAUUUUUCGGUGAUUUCGCGUUGAAUUAUUCGAUUUGGAAUUAGACGAAUAAGAACGUAUUUUUCAUGAGCUACAACUUUGCUUUUACUCAAUUUAUAGACUUUGCUGAUACACAAUUUUUUUCGUUUUUUUUAUAAGCCAUACUUUUGCUAAGAAUAUUUUUUUCGGUAAAAUAUUUACUUUUUGAGUUAUUUGCAAAAAACGGUCUGAAAACGUAGUUUUUUUGUCGAAAAACCAACAUUUGCAAUCGCGAAUAACUCGAAAAGUAUUGACUUACGUAAAAAACUUUAUAGAACAAAAGUUGCUUAUAAUCUGUCAAUUUAUCCAUUUCCGGGUUUAUUUUAAACACUCGUUUUUCACCCUUCGAGAAGGGGUGACUGUCACCCCCCAAGUAAAAGAGCAACCAACGGCACAAUUUCAACUUUGAAGUGGAGGGUAAGUAGAACCUAAAUCCAAAUUUUCAUGCAAUUCGGAGUUGCCCCUGAAAAUAACACUCCAAAACGGUCAUUUAUUGGGCUAAAUGAAUGGUAGCUGACAAUUUCGGAAAUGCGUCACUUGGCCAAAAUAAUCUUCGAAAUCAUCAGAAGACAUUUCUGCAUGAAACUCUUUCGUAGAGUUUGAAAUAAAUUCCAACAAAUCGUUUAUCUCCUGCAAUAUGAGUGAUAUUCAACCGAAGACGUUUACCAGUUGGAAAUUUUAAUCCAGUAGCCAAACGUUAAGUACAUUUCUGACGAGCAUAUGAAACCUGUUUAUCAUGCCAAUAUAUUCUACUUUUCUUACAAAAUGUACUUCAUUAAUCCAUUUCAUCCAGAUAAAAAAUAUUACCUUUCCUUAUGAAAAAAUAUUAUUAGGUGAUAUUAAAUUUCACCUACAAAUUAUUUGUUCUUUCUAUAUAAGUACAAAUUUUCUAUCGUGCUUCACCCAAAUAAAGUCUAAUUUGGGCAACAUUUUCCACAAUUUGUCACUUUUAUGUUUAGCAAAGUUUCAUUACUAUUGAGUCUGCUAAAGGUUGUCCACAGUUAGUAGGUAUAUUAUUUUGAAAAUAAAAUGAACGCAUUUUUCUUUGAGUUGUUUUUUGUUUUACAAUAUUAUCUAUUUUCUGGAAUUUCCUUCCUAUUGACGAUUUGCUCCGAGCAGUACUACUGGAUUAUUCAUGUAAAAGAGCCUCGUAUGCAUUUAGCAUUGAACGAGGCUCUUCAAAUAUACUGGUAAGUGGCAUUUAAUUUCACAAAAGUAUAAUUAUACAUUUGUGCCGUUUUUAUUGCGCGAGAUAUGUACCCACGUUAUUGGUUUAUUAAAGUUACUGCAAUAUUUGGAGUAAGAAAUUUUCCGAUUCUUUUGAAAUUCUUCGUCACUGGUUUAUGACAUUUCGUUGGGCAUUAUCAACUUUGUCAUAAAAACUGUGCUAUCAAUAAUAUUUUCAAAAUAUUUUUCCUUUUGUAAAUCUCUUUAAGGGGCGCAAAUUUGUUUUCUAUUUCAUAUUGGUAAUUUUAAGGUUAAUUUAGCUGAUUUUUUUAGCGUUGUGUAUGACGGGUGUUGUGGAUUUAAUUAUUUUGUUUGAAUUGUUAUAUUAUUUCUAAAACUAAUUUAAAUUAGACUGACCGCUUUCCUUAAAAAAUCUUAAAAUUAUAAUCAACCUAUACACCUACUUUUAGUAGUAAUUAAAAUAACAAAAAGAAAAAAAAAGAAUGUGUGUGUACUUUGUACGCACGUAAGAAGUUAUACUUCUAUUAUAUGAUUUCAACGAAAUCAGUUUAUAUUUUAUUUAUAUAAUAAACUAAUAUUGUAAUACUUACUACUUUCCAAAAAUUAAAAGAAUAAAACACACACAAACACAUUGAAAAAUGCCACAAAGAAAUAAUGAUUUCUGAACAAUUAUUGGCAAAAAUUUUAACUAAAAAAGUAUUUUCUGAAAAAAAUUGUAUAUAAUAAAUAUACUUACAAUCAUAAACUAUAUAAAAAAAAUUUAAUUGAUUGAUUGAACCCGUGUAUAUUAGGUUGUGAAUCAAGGCAUAUUAAAAUUCAGCCAUCGAGACACACCAACUGAACCUUCUAAACUUUUUAACAGUUGCUUAUUGUCUGAAUGUAAUCAAAUUAGUUUAAUUUUUGUGGCAAUAAAAUAUUAAAAUACAACAAAACAUACAGGGUGAUUGAUUAGUGGCGUAAAGCCCAAUAGAUCCGCUGUAGUAAUAUAUAGCAAUAAAAGUUAAUAACAAAAAUUUUAGCCAACUUUGAGCUUCACGUUACAAAAUUAGUUAGAAUGUUACAGGUUGUUCGAUAACGCAGUGGCAGACCAAACUUAUGUUUUUUUAUAUGCGAAAUCCUCUUAACUUCUCCAUCACAAAAAUAUAUUGUACAGGGUAUUUACAAAGUUAUAACCAAUUUUGUAUGAAAAUCGUAUCAAGUUCAACUCCCUGUAUAAAUAAAAAUAAGCACAACAGCAAUGGUUUAUUAUUAAUGCCAUAUUGUUUAUUUAUUGUCAAAAUUUUCAAUAAUUAUUGACAUGGCUAAUUUUCUUUAUAUCAAAUAGAGGGUGAAUCAAAACGCUAGUACAUUAUUUUUUCAGUAAUGUUAAAUGGAACACCCUGUAUUUUAUAUCUUUAUUGAAAAGUAACAUUACCGUACUUUAAUUUUUGUAUAACAUUCCCUAUAUCCAAAUUUAUUAGUUUUCGAGAUAUUUUCAUUUUUCAAAGCAAAUUAUUUUAUUUGUCUAAAUUUAUCUAAAUUUUAAGUAAGCCAUGACUGAAUUGACAAUUAUUGACGAUUACUGAUUAUCAAUCCGGUAAUCAAUGUAACAAUGUAGCAAAUAAAGAAAUAAAAAUAAUUCAUUAGUCAUACAUUUUACAAAAAAAAACACAACCACAACAUGCAACAUUUUUGAAACAAUUAAACUACUUUUUGAUGUAAAUGUAACAAAUAAAGAAAGAAAAUUAGUAAUAAAUUUUACAAAAAACACAAAACACUAAAUACAUUUUGUUAAGACAAUUAAACACUACUUUUGUAUGUAAAUGCAACAAUGUAACAAAUAAAGAACGAAAAAUAAUUUAUCAGUAAUACAUUUUGCAAAAUAACAUGUUUGAAAAAAUUAGAAGUUACUUUUAAUAAAAUAUUUUUAAUAUUUAAUUACCUACAUAAGGUGUUCAAAAUUACCUCCUAACACAUUUAUGCACGCCUAAAAGCCCAAAAGCGAAAAUUAACACAUCGAAAUACACUUUGUAUUCUAUUUUUCAUCUCAUCCCUUGUUGUUGGAGGUAUUUUAUAAACUUCAUUAUUAACGUAACCCCAAAAAAAUCAGUCCAGUUUAUUAAAUUCUGGUGAUUUGGGUGGCCACGCUACUGGUCCAUUGAAAAAUGAAAAUAUCUCGAAAACUAAUAAAUUUAGACAUAGGGAAUGUUAUCUAAAAAUUAAAGUACGGUAAUGGUACUUUUCAAUAGUGAUAUAAAAUACAGGGUGUUCUAUUUAAAAUUACUGAGAAAAUAAUGUACGGGCGUUUUGACUCACCCUGUAUUUGAUGUAAAGAAAAUUAGCAAUAUCAAUCAUUCUUGAAAAUAUUGACAAUACGUAAAACAAUGUGGCAUUAAUAAACCAUUGCUGUUGUUCUUAUUUAUAUUUAUACAGGGAGUUGAACUUGUUACGAUUUUCAUAUAAAUUUGGUUAUAACUUUAUAAUUACCCUGUAUAACAUAACAAACGUUUAUAUUUUUGUGAUGGAGUAGUCAACAGGAUUUCGAAUUUAUAAUAAAAUACAGGGUGUUCCAUUAAAAAAAACAUAAGUUUGGUCUGCCACUGUGUUAUUGAACACCCUGUAACAUUCUAACUAAUUUUGUAAUGUGAAGCUCGAAGGUGGCUAAAAUUUCUGUUAUUAACUUUUAUUGCUAUCUAUUACUAUAGCGAAUCCAUUGAGCUUUACCCCACUAAUCAAUCACCCUGUAGAGUAAGAAAACAAUUAUAUUAGAUGAAGAUUGGUAGACAUUUUGUUUGUAAUCAAAUUAUGUAAAUCGAAGCAUUACCUACUACUUUUUACAAUUUUCAAAUGGGGAUGUAAUUUCUUAUUACAAUACUAAAACAUUUACAAUUAAGUAGGUACCUGUUGCUUUUAAAAACUAUUUAAAAAGUCACUACAAUUAUAAACGUACUUUUGUCUCUGUCCUCACAACAAUAAAAACCAAUACACAACAUUUGUUUACCCAUAGCCGCCAUAUUGAACAUUUUUUGACAGUUCAUUUUAAUAACCAAUCAAAGCAAACGUAUAACGUUUCAUCUGAGCGUAGCACCAAGAAUUUUGAUGAAUUCGCGCACAUAUACAUUUACUCCCAAACGCGCCUAAAGAAGUAUAACUUCAAAAAUGUUUAUCUUUUUACUGUGAUAAAGUGUUUAUUACAAUAACAAUGUUUCAUGUAUACAUAUUUGUUAAAUUAGCAAAUAACCAAUAUACGAUUUUUUGGUUACUUUAUUCAUCAUUUAAUAAAUAGUUUAGUACAUAAAUUACUUUUGAUGUAUUAGUGCAAACUAGAGUUUAAUAUUAAACUUUCUGUGGUAAGGCCAUGCAUGCCAGUUGAUUAUAGAGGAUGUUUAUUCCAAGCGACAAGUGUUUAAUUUCUAUUACUUUUAGAAAUACUAUAAUAAAUAUUUAUUUGGUAAAUCAGGUAGUUUGUAAUUAAUUUUUUGAAGUAUUAUACUUUUUUCUAAUCUCUGAAUUUCAUUAUUCAUUUCAGUUUUACGAUGGGUCCUACCUUUUUGCGACCUUCGUCUUAGUCUCCCAAUCUUUUAUUUCUUUCGUUUGGUAACUCUUACCUUUCAUUUUUAUAUCACUUUUUAUUUUUGAUUGCUUUAUUUAUAUAUUUGUUGUUAAUUGUAAUAAAAUUAAGUUACUCCACAUCUCUACAAAGUCUCUCGAUGGGUUUUGGGUACUUCAGUAAAAAAUAAGGUAUAAACAUAAUAUAAGAUUUUUAGUGUGUAAAUAAUUAUAUUUUUGAGAUAUAGUAACUUAUUAAUUUAUUAUUAUUUUUUUGUUCUUUGUAUUUUGAUUUUGUUUUUCUGUAAAUUGUUAACAAAUAAAUUAUUAAUGAUU